AUUUUUAUUACAAUAAAUUAAUUAAUAUGGCAGAUUUUAAUCCUCAAGAAAGAGUCAAGAAAAUGGUCAAUGCCAUCAAAGCAGAGGUGAAUGUUAUUACAAUCCAAUUAGGCUACAGAGAAGGCUGAAUAAAUUAAAGAUAAUGCUGCUCAAUAAUUCAGAAUUGAAAAAAAUAAGCUUCUUAAUUAAUAGAAAGAAAGGAUCAUUGAGGAGUAUAAAAGGAAAAUAGAGUCAUAUACAAUCGAAAAAAGAAUGUAAUAUUAUUUGAGUAGUGUUUUUAGUCAGCGAUCAUCAAAGAUCAAUUAAUCAAGAUUAUCGAAGAUGCAAGCUCGCUUUGAGUUGAUUCAAAGGCUCAAGGAAGAAGUUCGUUAGAAAAUGUCCUAAUUGAUCUAAGAUCAAAGUGUAUAUAAGGAACUAUUGAAAAAUUUGAUUGUGUAAGGCAUGAUUAAAUUAUUGGAACCUCGUAUUGAAUUAACAUGUUUGGAAUAGGAUGUGCCAUUGGUGAGAUCAAUUUUGGGAGUGUGUCAAGAGGAAUUUCAAUAGAUUAUCAAAAAAGAGACUACUAAAGACUUCAAAACAACACUAAGCAUCAACCAAAGCUAAUAUUUAACAGAGAAAAGUGGGAAACCAAUGUAUAAAUAAGAUUGAUUGUAGUUUGGGAGGAGUUGUGCUUAGUUGUGCUAAUAGUCGAAUAGUAUGCUCAAAUACACUUGAUGAUAGAUUGGAACUCUCAUUGUAGGAGUUCUUGCCAGAUAUUAGAAAUGGUUUAUUUAGAAAAUGAUUGCAGAGUAUGUAUAAAAUAUAAAAG